AUGGAUCUGAAAAUCCGUGAGUUCCCAUUCCUCCCACGACCAUUUGAGAUAGCUGAUGAGCCAAUUUUGAUCUGCAGCACCUUUUGCUAUACUGUUCGGGAACUGACUAUGCUAGUGUUGAUCAACGAACUGACUGAUAUGCCGGACUGGGAUCGCAAGAUUUUUGAUCCUGAUUUCACCUUUGAAUGGAAGAGUGCAAAAGUUGCGUUUGGGAAAGACGUAACACGUUCCAUGGCCGAUUGGUGUGUUGAAGAAGUCAAGUACUAUGUUCGCAACUUUAUCUCCACACGAUUUAUUCCAGCAUUGGACGGAGGUGUGCUCAAAUCAGAUGACUGCGUAGAUGCCUCGCUUCGGAGAGAUCUUCAGAGAGCUGCAGCUGCCCUGAGAAGAGAUUCGACAAACUCCACAAGUUAUUCGAGCCAUAUGAUUUUAGACAUCGUGGAUCCGUAUCUUUACCCUUUCAUUUUUGCACAAACGAAAACCCUGAGAGACGGUACUCUGACUUCAAAUGAUUGUAUCCCAAGGUACGGCGAGGGUGAGGCGGUGAAAAGGCCAUCGGAUGAGGACUGCGUCCAAAAAGGACGUCCAAAAUAUCCCAACGAUCAUGCUUGGUCAAACCGCUUUCAAUGGCUACCUUUCGAUGUUCAAUUUGAAGAUAGAGGUGAAACCGCUUCACGUAUCGCUAGCUAUAUCAACAACGUCCACCCUUAUACUCAUCGGUCACUAUACCACAUCACAGAAAACCUCAUUGAUUCGUUCCUCCCUCUGUUCAACUACACACUUAUCGAUCUCAAAGCUUCUGGAUGGCAGAAUCAACGCAUGCACCUCGCAGUGCUUGGACGGGAUCCCAUGAUCCAGCGUGAGCCGGAUCCUUUCCGUCCCCCAGAACAACGAGCUCUUGAUUGGCUUGACCGUCAAGGACGAUAUCGAGACGUCAUAUUUGUGGAUCUGAAGAAGGAAUUCUGGAACGUUGGUGUCCAGAUGGUUCUUCAGCUUCAAGACAUUAACCUCACGCCGGAGGAACCAGGUUAUGAGGGUGAGCCGUGGCAUGUUCAGGGUCAGAACAAUGAGCGAAUAUGUGCUACUGCGCAUUACGUCUACUCGACGAACAAUCUCUCAUCCUCCGCUCCGCCAACCAUGUCGUUCCGUCGACGCAUCAAUCCCGAAGAAGCCGGCCUCGCCAGAGGUUACGUUUUCUCUCCGCCCUAUGCACCUGAGAUCUACGGCGCCGAAGACGGCGACGCCGCGAUCCAGCAUAUAGGUGACGUGAAACUAAGAGAAGGAAGGACAGUCGUGCACCCGAAUAUCUUCCAAACCCGACUGAACAAGUUCACCCUCGCCGAUGCUUCGAAACCAGGUCAUUGUCGGCUGUUGACUCUCCACCUUCUCGAUCCCAACAGAAGGAACAUGAGCACCGCGAUGGUACCAUGCCAGCGCCGUGACUGGUGGGCACGGGAGAUACGUCAACGCAGUCCUAGGAUGAGGCGAUUACCGACGGAGGUUUUCGACAACAUCAUCGGCAUGGUUGACGGGGAUCCCACUUCUACGGAAGAGGCCGAGAAGAUCCGAAGGGAGUUUCGGGAGGAAAGGGAGGAAUACCGCAAACAGCACACGAAGUCGAUGGAGGCGUAUUUGGGGUGGGAUUUACGGGGCUUUGAUGACGAGUAA